AUGGCUCAAGCUGCAAUUCAGAUGUUAGCGCCACAUAAUAAACAUUCUUUACCUCCGUGUCAACACUUGGAGCAACAUUUUGAUUCUCCCGAAGUCAUUCGUGACAUUGUGAUAGGUCUCAGUGAUGGCUUGACUGUUCCAUUUGCUUUGGCUGCUGGACUUUCCUCACUUGGCAACCCUAAUUUAGUUGUCACUGCUGGUCUAGCUGAACUUCUUUCCGGGGCAAUAUCUAUGGGUUUGGGAGGAUAUCUGGCUGCUAGAUCAGAGGCAGAUCAUUAUGACACUGAACGAAAACGUGAGGAAAGAGAAGUUGUGGAUUGUCUAGAGGAUGAAAUUGAUGAGAUUGUUGAAAUACUUGAACCUUAUGGUCUCGAUCGAGAUUCUUUAGGUCCAGUAAUUGAGAAACUGAAAAACAAUCCCGAAAAAUUCGUCGACUUUAUGAUGAAAUUCGAAUUGAAUUUAGAAAAGCCAGAUCCAAAACGGUCCUGGAUUAGCGCUAUCACCAUUGGACUUUCAUAUUUCAUCGGUGGUUUGAUCCCCUUAAUCCCGUAUUUCAUGGUGCAAGAUGCAAUGAGUGGAUUCUGGAUAAGUAUCGUAGUAACCGUGUUAUGUUUGAUGUUAUUCGGUUAUGCGAAAUCGUAUUUCAUAGCUCCGGACAAAGCGUUAAUGGCGGCCUUGCAAACAGCAAUGGUGGGGAUAUUGGCCGCAGGAUCAGCAUUUGGUCUUGUUAGAUUAAUCGAAAACAAUCAAUAUGAAAUUAAAAGUUAG